UGACACACCCGCCUCGCCACGCUGCUGGAGGAGCUGCACACGCACACUCACAUGACGGCCCGGGACACGCACACGCCACAGCUGCUGGAGGAGCUGCACACGCACACUCACAUGACGGCCCGGGACACGCACACGCCACAGCUGCUGGAGGAGCUGCACACGCACACUCACAUGACGGCCCGGGACACGCACACGCCACAGCUGCCGCCCUCUCCCCCGUCUACCAGCCCGGACACAGGUCUGAGUUCGUCCAGCAGCCUCCCCUCCCCCAGCGGCCCGUCCUCCCCGUCUCCGAGCUCGGCCUACUCCAGCGGGCCGGCCCCCAUGGACACCUCCCCCUCCUCUCCUUCCUCUCCUUCCUCCUCCUCUUCCUCUUCUUCUUCUUCACUGCCUGUCUCCCCCCCCUCCCCCUCCUCCCUCCCUCUCUCCUCCCUCGCUCCGGUGUCGGUGUGGGGGGAGGAGCCCAGCGCCGGACUCAGUAACGCAGCAGGUCUGGGUGCCAGUGGCUCCAGAGACUCUCCUCUUUACCUCAUGGACUACGAGAGCGCCGCCCACGUGCACGCUUACACGAACGUGCACGCCGCGGGCGGACGGCGGGCACACGCCGCCGCGGCAACGCUGGAGGAGCAGCUGCUGAGCUACAGCGAGAACACCGAGAACGAAGGAGAGGAGGAGGAGUACCUGGAGGAGGAGGUGCUACAGGUUGACAUGGCAACGCUGGCAGAGCAGAUCAUCGAGGCGACUCCUGAGCGAAUCAAACAGGAGGAUUUCCCCCGGGGGGCGGAGUCUCCGCUCAGAGAGAGGCGGGACAACCCGGCCAUGCAGGACACCUGGUUGGCUACGUACCUGGACACGGUCGACGCCCACUCGCACUCGCCGCCCAGGCGCGUGUGCCCCCCCUCGCCCCUCAGCGCUCUGGCCCUGCAGAGGCUCCGCCCCCCCUCCUCGGCGGCGUGGGCGGAGUUCCUGAACGCCUCGGCCAAUGGGAAGAUAGAGAGAGACUUCGCCCUGCUGACGCUGACGGACGGAGAGCAGAGGGAGCUGUACGAGGCAGCCAGGAUCAUUCAGAACGCCUUCAGGAGAUACAAGGGUCGGAGGCUGAAGGAGCAGCAGGAUGUGGCUGCAGCCGUCAUUCAGAGAUGCUACAGGAAAUACAAACAGUACGCCCUCUAUAAGAAGAUGACCCAGGCAGCCAUCUUGAUCCAGUCCAAGUUCCGCUCGUACUACGAGCAGAAGCGGUUCCAGCAGAGCCGGCGGGCCGCGGUGCUGAUCCAGCAGUACUACCGCAGCUACAAGGAGUACGAGAGGCUGAAGCAGGGGCCCCGGGGGGCCACGGGACACAACCCCAAGAAGUCGUUCCUGACAAAGAAACAAGACCAGGCAGCGAGGAAGAUCAUGAGGUUCCUGAGACGCUGCAGACACAGGAUUAAAGAGCUGAAGCAGACGAGGGAGCUGGAGCGCAGAGGACUGACCACUUAGAGAAGAGGAGGCGGAGCUUCACUCUGAAAGGGACAGAAACAGGAAGAAGAGACGGAUGCCCCCCCCCCCACACACACACACAUCAACCCUUCCUUCUUCUUCUUCCUCCUGUUGAUCCGUCCAUCACACUCUCCCUUUGCGCUGCCUCACAGGCACCAGACCUGUUUGGGUUUUCUCUGCCCUGAGCAGAGCCCUGCAGGCAGCACGGUGGGAAGAAAUCAGAGGCCUUGUCCCUACCUGAUGUGGGUCAGUGAGUGCAGAUGUGAGAUGCGCAUGCUCACAUUUAAACGGCUUACCGCAUAACGCCAGCUAUUUGCUAACGUUAGCUCAAAACGCCAUUCGACUGACAGCUGUUGUUGUGUUUGAUUGCUAACUCGUAGCCAGUAGGGAACCAACUUUGUUUUGUAGGUCCAUUUUUAUUGUAUUUACAUUACAGAAGUCUCUCGUUAGCAUCUCGGAGGCUACUUCAGACGUUAAGAGAAGUCUCUGGUUAGCAUCUCGGAGGCUACUUCAGACGUUAAGAGAUGUCUCUGGUUAGCAUCUCGGAGGCUACUUCAGACGUUAAGAGAAGUCUCUGGUUAGCAUCUCGGAGGCUACUUCAGACGUUAACAGAUGUCUCUGGUUAGCAUCUCGGAGGCUAAUUCAGACAUUAACAGAAGUCUCUGGUUAGCAUCUCGGAGGCUACUUCAGACAUUAACAGAUGUCUCUGGUUAGCAUCUCGGAGGCUACUUCAGACAUUAACAGAUGUCUCUGGUUAGCAUCUCGGAGGCUACUUCAGAGAAGUCUCUGGUUAGCAUCUCGGAGGCUACUUCAGACAUUAACAGAAGUCUCUGGUUAGCAUCUCGGGAGGCUACUUCAGACAUUAACAGAAGUCUCUGGUUAGCAUCUAGGAGGCUACUUCAGACAUUAACAGAAGUCUCUGGUUAGCAUCUCGGAGGCUACUUCAGACGUUAACAGAAGUCUCUGGUUAGCAUCUCGGAGGCUACUUCAGACAUUAACAGAAGUCUCUGGUUAGCAUCUCGGAGGCUACUUCAGCCUCUGAUCUAGAUGUGACAUCAGGGAUCAGGCUGUGACGAUGUGAAGCCUUAUUCUAAAUAAUAAUUACUGCUAUGUCAUGUAGCGAUCCAGCCGGCUCCAGUCUGACUCCCAUCAGGUAGUGACAGCUCUACUCGGACUCUGAGAGAAACCAGACAUGUGCUGCAGUCUAACAGUUUACACUUAAGGUUUGACUGCAGAUUACUGGUCCUCUGGCUCUGGUCUCGGGUCUCGGGUCUCUGGUCUCGGGUCUCGGGUCUCUGGGCUCGGGUCUCUGGUAUCGGCUCUGGGCUCGGGUCUCUGGUCUCGGCUCUGGGCUCGGGUCUCUGGUCUCGGGUCUCAGGUUUAGGGACGGAGCUCCUGAACGUGUACAUGAUUCUAACAGAUCUAUUUAAUCACUUCUAUAAACAUACAUAUGAAUAUA